UCUCUCAAGCAAGCUCAGAUUCUGUGGUAAUAAAGAAGUCGAAGACACAAAAGAGUUGGGUGAUCAAUGCUGUUUUCUUUCGUCUAUCAAUGGACUCACAUUGCUCACCUAGUCGACUCGUUCUAGUCGCCUUCUGCUUCCUCUGCCUCUUCGCCGGAGAUUCAUCAGCGACGAGGUCUGGUUUCUUCUACACAAGACACAAAGGACGAUGCACGCCGCAGUAUUGGAGCAGCAGGAGGGAGGCAUGGCCGAGGAUGGUGCCCGAGAGAUCGACGGUGGAGAAAAUGUUCGGAGUGAUGGUGGCCAAAGAGCGUUGGAGAUCUGAUCUGACGCUGGUGGAAUCGACGUCUAGGAACGACGAGGAAGGGAAUGCGUACGGUGCGUUGCUGAAGCAGGGGAUCGCUGCUCUGCUCAACUCUUACGCGAGAAGAAGCUUUUCUUAUGCGCCUUGGGAGGUGAAGACUAUGCUCAUUCAGGCCAUGAUCUCCGAGCCGGCUGCUCGCCGGCAAGCACAGAAGUUCGCCGCUGCUAACGUGGCUUGUGACUAACCUUGAGAAUCAGAUCAAAAGAUUAGUAGAGUCACUUUGUUGUACUUGUUGCUUGGUGUGUUAUUGUGGUGUUGCCUUGGUGGAUACGUAUUCAUUCUUGUUAAUCUUGAACUCAAAUGAAUCUAAUGAGAAAAAUUUAAUAUGA